GGAUUGAAUCCAUCCGAGUGUGAAAGCCAUUAGCCAUGGCUUUGGGAGCAAAGGAGGCUGCAAUGGCAUCUUCCAUCUUCUCAUCUUUCCCUCCAACUUCACUCCAUCUCCAUUCAUCCAACAAAUCUUUAUCUUCAAUCAAAUUCGCCGUCGCCAAUUCUCCGCCCUCGCUCAAAUUCAGUUAUCGCUACACAUCGAAAAGGCCUUCUUUUCAGUUGCAAUCAGCUCCAGAAAGCCUUGCAAAUGUAGCGGAAGAAACAACAGUAGAAGAAGAAGGAAAAAUUGAAAAAUCCGGAAAUGCCAACAUCAGAAGAAAGCUGUUUGUGCUGAACCUACCGUGGUCCUUCUCCGUCGUUGAUAUCAAGACACUGUUUAGUGAAUGCGGCGAUGUUUCGGACGUUGAGAUUAUAAAGCAGAAAGAUGGGAAGAACAGAGGAUUUGCGUUUGUUACGAUGGCUUCAGGUGACGGUGCUCAGGCUGCUAUCGAAAAGUUUGACUCUUAUGAAGUGGUUGGCCGAAUUAUCAGAGUACAAUUUGCUAAGAGAUUCAAGAAACCUGUUCGUCCGGCUCCUGUAAUAGUCCCUCCUCCUGGAGAGACCCGCCACAGGAUUUAUGUAUCCAAUCUUGCGUGGAAAGUUAGAUCAAAUAAUCUCCGAGAGCUAUUCUCAUCCAACUUCAAUCCUGUUUCAGCAAGGGUCAUAUUUGAUAAUCCUUCAGGAAGAUCAGCUGGAUAUGGUUUUGUAUCUUUUGCCACCAAAGAGGAAGCAGAAUCUGCAAUUAAUGAAUUAGAUGGGAAGGAAUUAUUGGGGAGACCAAUUCGUUUAAAAUUUAGUGAAAGAGGCUCUACUGCUUCCGAAAGUAAAGAAGAAUCAAACUCCGUUGCUGCUGAGAGUGAGGCGGAAUCAAGCGCAGAACAGCCUGAAGAGUCUUGAGAUAGGUUUAGCUCGUCCCGCUUCUUGAAACACUGCUCAUUUCCGGUCCUGCCUGCACAUGUACUCUUGAUGAUAAUGAGUAAUGCUGGAAAUUUAUUUAUCUUACUCA